CGGCCGGGGAGCGCCAUGGCCCAGCCGCAGCCGGCCGAGCCCGGGGCCGCGCCCGCCGGGCCGGAGCUGCCCGCGGGGAGCGGCCCCGUGCAGAUCCGAGUGGCCGUCCAGGCGGCCGCCGAGGAGGACGAGGAGGACGAGGAGGAGGAGGAGGGGGGCGGCGGAGCGCCGUGCCCCAGCUGCAGCGAGGAGGACUCGGGGCGGUGCGAGCGCUCCAGUGGUGGGGAAAAUGAUGAUGACUCUAACCAGAACUGGAAACCACCAGAAAAUGACCUGAUCCAGAAGUUAAUAGCACAGAUUGAAUACUACUUCUCUGAUGAGAACCUUGAGAAAGAUGCCUUCCUUCUGAAGCACAUAAGAAGAAAUAAGAUGGGCUAUGUCAGUGUUAAACUCCUCACUUCAUUUAAGAAGGUGAAACACCUUACCCGUGACUGGAGGACCACAGCCUAUGCACUGAAGUACUCGAACACUCUGGAGCUCAAUGAUGAUAACAAAAAGGUUCGAAGAAAUACUCCAGUUCCAGUGUUCCCAAGUGAAAAUGUCCCUACCAGGAUGCUACUGGUGUAUGAUAUCCACAUGAUUUCUCAGCUGCAGGUCCUUAACAAAGAAGAAAACGGAUGCGUGCAAGAAAGGAUAAUGGAGCAUCUCCUCAAAGCCUUUGUAACUUUUGGUGUAAUUUCAUCAGUUCGCAUUCUCAAGCCUGGCAGGGAUCUCCCACCUGAUAUCAGGAGGGUCAGCAAUCGGUACACCCAGCUGGGAACCCAGGAAUGUGCAAUUAUAGAAUUUGAAGAAGUAGAAGCUGCCGUACGUGCUCAUGAUUUCAUGUGUGCUGGAAACAAAGAGACCGGCAUGAAAGUUGUCCUAAUAGGCAUGAAACCACCAAAGAAAAAAGUUCCCAAAGACAAGAAUCGUGAUGAAGAUACCAGCAAGAGCCUUAAGAAGACUCGAUCCCUUAACAAGAGAGUUGAGGAACUUCAGUUUGCUGGUGAUGAAUCUUCAGCAAACAGCUCUUCUGACCCAGAGAGCAAUCCUACGUCACCGCUGGCAGGACGCAAACGUACCACGUCAAAUACUACGACUAAUUUGAGCCCUGUCAUCCACCCAAACAACCAUUUGAGCCCUAAUAUGUCACCCAGAUCAAGUCCUUGGAACAGUCCUUCUUCACUAAGAAAAGUAACCAAAAAAUCUCCGCUGGCUGAAGACAGCAAGCUUAACCCAAGCACUAGCCCUGAAAUUCCAAGGAAAUACACUGAUUAUUCCUCAGAUAGCAGCAUCACUCCUUCUGGGAGCCCCUGGGUGCAAAGAAGAAAAGCCCAAACUCUGACACAAGAGAAGAGUCCUGUCAGUAGUCCCAUGUUGGUUCGGAAAAUACAAAAUGCAGAUGGUCUCCCUGUAAGGGUGCUGCGGCUGCCUAAAGGUCCUGAUGGCACCAAAGGAUUCCACAAUGGCUGUGAAAGAAGGAAGGCUAUGAAGGGUGAAUAGACUAUUCUUUAUAAACAGUUUCACAAAGCAGCCAACUGCUGGUGACCAAGCCUGGUGAAAAACUGUCACUUGAGUGACUCAGUUAAGUCAGUAUUUAAUUUUAAAAGCUUUUGUAUUUAUACAGACUUUAUCAUUUGUAUAUUUGUAUAUUUCCUUCACAGAACAGAUGAGGUUGGAAGGCAUCUCUGGAGAUUGCCCAGUUCACCUCCUUUGCUGAAGCUACAAGUCACUGAUAGGUUUGAGUAUCUACAAGGACAGACUCCCCAGACUGUCUGGGUGAGGUGCUCCCAUAUUCAACCACCCACACAGAACCAGUCUGUGCCCCUUUCCUGUUACUGGGUAUCGCUGAGAAGUGCUUGGCUCCAUCUACUUCACUUCUUCUCAUCAGAUAUUAAAAACCUUGAUUAGAUCCUCCCCCAGAGCCCUCUCCAUUCCAAUCUAGCCAGCGCCUGCUCUCUAAGCCUCACAGGAGGGACAUGCCAGCCUUUUAAUCAGCUGAAUAGCUUAGCUAAUGCAGGGCCCUUACCUGCAUCCAUUCUUUUUAAUGGAUUAUUUUGAAACACCUAAAUAUUCAAGCAGGAAUAUAAAUCAUUGAUGUAAGUACAUUAUUUGCCAAGCUAGGAUCCUGAGGAGCAGUAUGUACUUAUGUAUGGUUUAGUGGUUGUAUUAUGAAAAGCUAUGGAAUGUUAGUCUCAUCAUAAGGAGCUGAGGUUUUGAAGACUUCCUGUGUUUGCCUCAGAAGGAACUGAGAAACCAAUGCCACAGUGAGCAGUUGUUCUCACAUACAUCACCAAAGCAGUAUUCAAUAGUACCAGUGUGCAUUUCCAUGAGUAAAGACUCUGAGUACUGGAGACUGCUCUGUAAGUGUUCUCUUGUAUAAUCAGAUGGAAAUAAAAAUAUUAACUCUA